AUGAAAGUCUCUGUGUUGGGUUUUUAUCUCGGUUGCGUGCCAUAUAACAUUGCAUGGGAUCUUCAGAAGUCCAUCGUCAAACUACUGAAGUCUCUUGAUAAUCCUUCGGUGCAUUGUAUCUUACUUCUGGAACACUGUCCAGUUUACACUAUUGGUAUACGCCACACAGAUCCUAUGAAUGACUAUGGCGAGUAUGCCAUUAAACAUCUCAAACGUCUUGGGGCUGAAUUUGUUAGUUCUGAUCGUGGAGGUUUGAUUACGUAUCAUGGCCCAGGACAACUCGUAGCCUAUCCGAUAAUUAAUCUUCGGUGUAAAUCUUUACAAGGUCGUGGUUUAAGGUGGUACGUUGGGGCUUUAGAAGAAGCCGGAAUCAAACUGUGUUCACAAUUUGGUGUGACUACAUUUGCUGGUAAGGAUUCGGAGACUGGUGUUUGGUCUGAUUCUAGGCACAAAGUUAUGGCUAUUGUUAAUAAUUUAUUUUUAGUUAGGUAUCCGCCAGAGCAGUUCAAUAACGUAUCAUGGGAUAGCUCUAAACUGUACAACUGAACCACUUUCAUGGCUAAGACAAAUCGUUCCUUGUGGUUUAGCUGAUCGAGAUGUUACGUGUUUGAGUGAAGUUUGUGGUAAACAAUGCACACCAAAGGAAGUGGCACCUACAAUGUCAGAUUGUCUGGUUUCAAGUCUGUUUGAAUUACAUAUGAAUGACCAGUUUUGUGUUAAUUACCAAUUUCGCAAUGAUAUGGCGGGCGAUUGGUGUAAUUUAAUACGAAAUGUUAACGGUGGUUAUGAAGGUUGUUCAGAAUCGUUUUCAGUCAGUAAAUCUUGGUCUUGUACAGUUAAGGAUAUCCUCUUCUCGUUACAUUCUCAUUUUAAUAACUGUACUGCCAGCAAUGCACUAUUCAAUAAUAAGUAAUAUUGUGUACGCUUUUCUUGAUUUGUAUUUUUUCCAAUCUUCAAAUGACGAAAUAAACCCAUUGGAUAAAUAAAGUCAAUUCAAGAGAGGUUUUUACCUGUUACCUACCGAAUCGAUAAUUCAAAUAGGAAUUAUUUAAUUGUAAUCAUCAUAAGAUAUCUUUUUGCUCACAUUAGCCGUUGAAUGUCACAGUAUUACUUAAAAUUUGAGUUUAGAGUUGAAUUUUAUAGAUACCCGAAUGAUGGCUUCGAGUUCGCCUGAACGCUUGGAAUUAAGGAAUAUAAUUAUGACUAUCUUGAACAGUGUCAUGUGCAACCGUUAAUUGGUCAUGAACAGUUCGAUUCUAAUUAAAGGUCAACAGUUUGGCAUAAUUGGAUGCAAGUUCAUUUUAUCGUAGCUUUGGAUUGCUAAAAGUUUUUGGUUACGUACUCCAUACAAAGUGAGACUAAAUGCUCAUUUAAUGCCAAAAUAAUCUUAUUCCGUCACUUAUUAUAAGCAUACGGUUUCUAUUUAAGAGUAUACAAGAUAUGUUGAAUUGCUGUGAAAUCUCUAGAACUGUCCUAAUAACAGUAUCAAAAUCAAAAGAACUAUUUAGUCACCAGAUUUAUGCUAUUAUUAUAUGGUUAACAUAUUCUUUCUUUGUAACGAAGGCUUGUCGAAUACUAUCAUAUUAUGAUAGCACUCACGUAGUAAUUGCUUUUGGAAUGAAAUCGACUUAUCGAACAUCAUCAUAGUUAAAAACAUUUAUAGAGUAAUGUAUUGGCUCGUUUUCAGUUCACAUAUUAUUGACUAUCUAUGAUUAAAUAAGAACUCAUGUCUAAUCAAG